UAACGUUUCCUUCAUCCCGCGGCACAGACUCAUUUCUCCACACACCAGCUCUGAGUGGAAGCUCAGUGGGGGUGUUUGAGAUAUUAGCGUGCUGUGGGGGGCGGCUCAGGGACUUCUACCGUCCACGUAAAGAGGUCAGUUUGGCAGAGCGCUGCAUCGCACAGCACAGCCCACACACACUCACUGGUGGCCGGGAGCUCUCUUCUGCCUGGACCUUCCCACUCCACCGUACCUUUCCCAGAGAGCCGGCAGACAGGAGAAUGGGCAAAUCCGAAAGCCAAAUGGAUAUCAUGGAGAAAUCUACCAAACCGGGGAAGCGUCGCUGGACCGUUGCAGAGAUCGGUCUGUCUGUCCUGUUGUUGUUGGUCAGCUGUGCCUUGGCCGGGCUCAUAGUCCUCUACACAUCGGUGCUGAGAGAGCAGUCUAAUAGGUCGAGUGUGUCAAGGAGCUCAACAAGUGAGGGACAAUACCGCUCCAACCUUAACAAUGUGUGUACAGCUGCGGAGUGUGUUACUGCAGCCGCCCGGCUCUUGCAGAACAUGGAUGCGUCUGUGAAGCCUUGUGAGAAUUUCUACCAGUACGCCUGCGGGGGUUGGCUGGAGCGCCAUGUCAUCCCAGAGACCAGCUCCCGUCACAGUGUCUUUGACAUUCUGAGGGACAAGCUGGAGAUUGUCCUCAAAGGUGUUCUUGAGACGGAGAAUGAACAGGACAGGGAUGCAAUCAAGAAGGCCAAAAUCCUUUACAGCUCCUGCAUGAAUGAAAGCCUCAUAGAGCAUCGUGACUCCCAGCCCAUUCUAAAGCUCAUUGACACUAUUGGAGAUUGGCCUGUUGCCUCAGAUGAUUGGAACACCACUACAGAGGAAGCAUGGAGCCUCGAGGACACGCUGGCAACACUGACUGCUCGUUUCCAUAAGAAGGCCCUGUUGGACAUGUACGUGUGGACAGAUGACCGUGACUCCAGACGCCAUAUCAUUUAUAUUGACCAGCCAGGACUUGGAAUGCCAUCAAGAGACUAUUACUUUAAUGGUGGAAACUACAAAAAGGUCCGGGAGGCCUACCUCCAUUUCAUGGUUGCUAUUGCAAAGAUAGCGCGAGAGGACAGGAACUUGACUCAGGAUGAUGACCGUGUGUGGGAGGAAAUGAUGCAAUUGCUGGAGCUGGAGACAGACAUUGCCAAUGCCACAUCCCCAGCAGAGGAGCGCCAAGAUGUCACCGUUCUCUAUAACAAGAUGACACUCGGUGAACUACAGGACACAUUCAGUCUUAACGGUUUUAACUGGACUCGAUUUAUACAAGGUGUGUUGUCCAGCGUCUCCAUUGAGGUUCAUGUAGAGGAGGAGGUGGUGGUCUACAGCUCUCCCUACCUUGAAAAGAUGAAUGACGUUCUCUCCAAACACAGUGUCAGAACUAUGCAGAACUACCUCACCUGGCAGCUCAUCAUUGACAGAGUUAAUAGUUUGAGCCGCCGUUUCAAAGAUGCCAGAGCCCAAUACAGAAAGGCUCUAUAUGGAACCACUGUGGAAGAGGCCUGGUGGCGAGACUGCGUCCGUUAUGUCCAGAGCAGCAUGGAGAACGCCGUUGGGGCUCUGUAUGUGCGUGAAACCUUCGCUGGAGAAAGUAAACGAAUGGUCAGCAACCUCAUCAGUAAGAUCCAGGAAGCAUAUGUGGAAACACUAGAGGAGCUAAGUUGGAUGGACGCUCCAUCAAAGGAGAAGGCAAGAGAAAAGGCCAUGGCAAUCAAGGAGCAUAUUGGCUAUCCAGACCACAUUCUGGAAGAAAAUAACCAGAAGCUAGAUCAGGAAUAUGCACAUUUAAAUUUUAGUGAGGAGAACUACUUUGAAAACAUCCUUGAGAAUCUUAAGGCUGAGGCUCACAAGAGUUUGAAGAAACUCAGAGAACCAGUUGACCCUGACCUGUGGAUCAUCGGUGCAGCUGUAGUGAAUGCAUUCUACUCACCUAACAGAAACCAGAUAGUUUUUCCUGCAGGAAUACUGCAGCCUCCUUUCUUUAGUAAGCAUCAGCUCCAGGCCCUCAACUUUGGAGGAAUAGGAAUGGUUAUUGGACAUGAGAUCACACAUGGAUUUGAUGACAAUGGGCGUAAUUUUGACAAGGAUGGUAAUAUGCUAAACUGGUGGAGUAAUUACUCUGCUGAACAUUUUAAAGACCAGUCUCAGUGCAUGGUGCAACAAUAUGGCAACUUCAACUGGAAGCUAGCAGGUGGACAAAAUGUCAGUGGAAUCAGCACGCUGGGGGAGAAUAUUGCAGACAAUGGAGGGGUUCGCCAAGCUUAUAAGGCUUAUCUGAAGUGGGUGGAGAGAGAGGGGGAAGAACCCCGCUUACCUGGUCUGGACAUGGAUCACAAACAACUUUUCUUUCUCAACUUUGCACAAGUAUGGUGUGGUGCCUAUCGGCCUGAAUAUGCCAGCCAGUCCAUCAAGACUGACUCACACAGUCCCUUAGAAUACAGGGUUCUGGGGUCACUCCAGAAUUUUGAAGCAUUCUCUGAAGCAUUCCAGUGCAAAAAAGGUAGUCCAAUGAACCCUGAGCUGAAAUGUCGAGUGUGGUAAAAAAAAAAAAAAAAAAAAAAAAAGAAGAAGAAGAAAGGAAGAAAGAAAGAAAAGAAAAGAAAAAGAAAGCUUUAUUGGAGAUAUUUAUUUAAUGACCAGGACAACUCAACUCAAAAUGUUGACAUCUUAAAAUCACAGAGACAUCCUGCUUAAGACUAACUCCAGUUUACUUACAUGGCAGAAGAUAAUUACAUACAGAUGUAUUUGUAUAUGGAAGGAUUACGCUCUAGUUUCAAACUUUGAAGCACAUAUGAUAUGAAAACAAAACUUGCUUGAGUAUCUAUAGCUUCUCAUGUUUGAAGUGUUGUGUGUUGAUGAAUAGGUCAUUUGUUCUUACAUACAAGUGGUUUUGCUGUGUCUCACGGUGGGUGAUGAGUGGGUACAUGAAUGAAAAGGCUGUAUAGAAAAUUAAGAGCUCGUGAAAGGGUUAAAGCCUAUAGCUGGCUUACAUGCUUUACCAGCCUUUCUUGAAUUAAUCCUUGAAAUCUUGUGCAGAUCUUAGUGAUUAUCCAUAAACAUUUGGCACUGGUUUGACUCGGUAUGUUUUCUCUUUUUUUAUUGUUUUCGAGACAUUGUUCCGCUUGAAAAGAAACAAUGGUAAACUGUCUUAAUCUGACUUGAAGCAUCAGUAUGAAAUAAAAGGAAAGCUCAGAGCUUUGCUGAAGGAAGAGGUACAAUAGAAUAGAAUUAGUCACACUCUGAGGCUUUGGUCAUUCACUGUUUAAUGAAACAAAUUACCUGAAGACUUUAAGACUGUUAAAUCUUUGCAGCUUUAACCUUAAAUUAACAUUUUGAAAAGAAAAAAAAGUGGCAGCUUAUAAUAUUUUUACAGCCACAGAAUGGAUAAAUAUUUGAAAUUUACAAAGCUAUUGAGUAUUUUUUAAAGAUGACAGUGUUUUUUUUUUUUUUUUUUAAUUUAUUCAUCAUGCUCUGCCACUCAUGGGAUUCUCAGUACUCGCAUGCUGUGAGAAAACAUUUCAGAGAUACAGAAAACCUCAGUGGCUUGCUACAUUUUAUGAGAAGAAGUGAGAGAAAAGGCAUCAUGUGAUGGAAGUACUACAGAGCAUUAGUGGUCAUUGAUUCCGGUGUUACCAUGUGCAUAGGGGCCUGAGAUACCAUGCUUAUGUCAUACAGUGUGUUACACAAAGUAAUGUGCAGUCUAGAAACAGGCAGAUUAUACAUCCAUAUGAACAUCCCUAAACAGCUCUGUGUUGGGAGCCGAGCCUGCUCCCCUCUCCCCUUCCUGCUUCCACACAUUCCACACCUUCCACACAACGCUCAAGGGAUCCGGGCUCCUACAUGCUUGUAGCUCAUUUCUUUUAAUAGCUGAUGUGUGGGUAUCAAAAAAUAAAUAAACAAAUAAACUGGUUAGUUUACAUUUAAAGGUAAUCUAUAUGUGGAGGAAGAGUUGUUUUUUUUUCCAUCCGAGGGGAGACAAAUGUUGGGAGCUGAAACAUAAUUACAAGACCUUUAGCCUCUGGACAUAGCCAAUUAGACACUAAGGUUAGGGAUGAAUAGGUGAGAAGCAAAUACACAGACACACACUCGGACAGGUAACCAAUGAAGUGGUAUGCCUUCUGAUGUCUCAUUGAUCAGUGUAGUGUAGAUGAAAAGGCUGAGAUGUGGUGUACUGGAGCGUGCUGACCGCUGCAGCUGAACCAGGAGCCUGCAGGUAGACGCACCGAGGAACAGGCUUGUCAUUAAAGAGCUGGCCAUGGCCAGGACUGUUAUUUUCUACCUUUUAUUAACAAGUAAUGACAGCAGAACGGAAGAGCAGAGCCUGCAAGAGAGGAUGGAGGAACUGAGCUGAUUAAAUGAUCAGUCAGGCUGCAGGAAGCCACUGUUUUGUGUUGAAGAGAGCUUUGAAAAGCAGCAGGAGGACAAACAAAAAGGCUAGUUGUGAAUGUUCGCCUGUCAUUGGUCACAUUCAGGAUGCCUUGGUAAACUGAACAUGACUGUUAGGUCUCAUCAGAGACUGCUGAAUUGAAUGUGAAUAUUGAAGCUUUAUACUCACUCUUAGUCUGUUAACUUGACAUAUUGGUGAAUACUGUUGCACUGAGCAGGGGAAUAGGCUACAUUUGUAACUAGGGACUGUUAAACUAUAUAAGUACUGAUAGUUGUGUGUUGUCAUCUAAAACAAAUACACAUUUAACAAGACAUUCAGCAUACAUUGGGCUACAAUAUUUGAAGAAUUACAGCUUAGUCUUUUGUAAAUCUUGUCUUGUUUUCCUAAAGGAGGAAACUGUUCAAAAUAACUUAACAAACACAGUGCAAUGGAAACAUAAUACACAAUGUGGUUUUGUAGAUAAUUGAUAAAUGUCCUAUACUGCCGUAUUCACACAUAAACAGUUCAGAUCAGGUAAGAAAUAAAGCACAAAUUUCUUACCUGAGUUCUAGCUUUACAUUUCAGUGGUGAAAUUUGUCAUUCUGAAUUAGCAGCCAGUGCAAUGACUUUUGUCAACAUAUUUUUUUGCUAUAUAUGAAAAACAGUUUCUGACAUUGUCACAGCAGCUACAUACCCACCAAUCCAGAGGAAUUUAUUUAUCUACAUGAAUAUUUGUAAAAUAACAUUGUUGCAUUGAAACAAUAACUGAUGUAAAAGAUGUCUUAUGAAUGUUCAUGCUGCUAUGUAAUUAUGUAGACUAACUGCUAUUUUUGUGACUUUGAAGUGACUGUCCCUACUUGUACGGUCUCAAAUAUCUCCUUGUAAUCUUAUAUAAUUGUAA